CUUGGCUCUGGUCUUGUUUUGGGAACCGAGCCCUCCCGUCUCAUCAAUCAAGUACGUACUUGAUGAUUGUUUCUAGAAUAAGUGUUAUCGACCUUAUGGAAUCGAGACUUACUCGCCUCCCAAUCCCUCGUCAAGCUGCUCUCCCUCCAGAAGAAGGCUACAUCACUCGCUGAGAGAUCACCCAAACCCAGAUUAAAAAUGCACGUUUACGUUCACAGCGCCAAUCCUUGGCUGGAUGGCCAUGUACAAGAAUGCAUCAAACGACAUGUACCGGAUGUUAUCUGUCAUAAGGAUUUUACCGAUAUACCAGAGGAUGCGGAUACUGUGUAUCAGCUUCUCAAUGGAUGGGAGCUGAACCAUCACUUCGCAGUGCUAAACAGAGCUAAAAAUGGACUCCUCAACGCAUAUCCCAACAGCGAUGCGUUGGCCCGAAAAGAUCACAUGGCAAGCGUCGUGGAUUACUGGAUCACGAAAAGACCUGAAAGCGUCCUCAAAGGUCACAGCCCUGCUACAGUGAAGCUAUCACUCGACUAUAGCGAGUAUGUCGAAGAUGCGCUAGCUGCAGCCGAUGAUUUAACUCUUCUGUACUCGCUUGAAGAUAACGAAGCAAAGGACUCGUCGGAACGAGAUUGGUGGAUUCUUAAACCUGCCAUGAUUGACUGCGGUCAUGGUAUCCGGAUAUUCAGCACCAUUGACGAACUAGCGGGCAACCUAGAGCUCGCUGCUGAUAUCUCCGACGAGGAUGAAGAAAGCGAGGAAGACGCUGAAACGCCGGAUACAAAGUUCGAGAGUGACGACAGCGCUGAGGGUUUCAAGCCAAGUCUGUCGGCGCCUGGACUUGACUCACUGGACGCCCUGAUCACAGCAACUGGAAAACUCUCCGCCAGCGGCACAAACAAGAUACAAGAUUUGGUCAUCGACGAAAAUGAGCGCAUUCCAUCAGCACUUCUGCGAGAAUUCGUUGCACAGCAAUACAUCGUCAACAUUCCACCCAUCGAUGGUCGAAAAUGGCACGUCAGAGCCUACGUCCUCUCCGUCGGACGUCUAAAAGUCCACGUCUUUAACGAAAUGCUGGCUUUACUAGCCCUUGACGACUAUAAACCUCCGUGGAAGAACCCCAGUCUCAAAUCAUCGUUGACCAACACUGCGCUGCAAGAUGAAGAGGAGUUCACCAGCAAAGAAUCAAUGCGGGACUUUUGGAAGAUUGACGAUGAUUUACUUCCCGGUGAUUGGAAGCAAAACGUCUUCAAUCAAGCUUGUCAAAUCUCAGGGGAGUUACUUCGUGCAGCCGCUCACACAAUGGCUGAUAAGUUCACACCAUUGAAUAAAUGCUUCGAGCUGUUCGCUAUUGACUUCUUGAUCGAUUCCAAAGGAACGGCGUGGUUAUUGGAAGUCAACGAAACCCCUGCAUUUUACGAACAAGGCUAUGCGGGCGAACUUGCGCAGCGGCUUAUGGAGUCGUUGAUCUGUGUGACGUUGGAGCAUAUGGGGAUGGCUGAUAUGGAGAGUGAGAAGAAUGUGCAGGCGAGGGGUCGUAUGGUGGAGGUUUUGGAUGCGACGAAGGAGUUGGCGAAGAGUAAUAUUACAGAGAUUCUGCCCGGUGCUUUAUAGAAGGGAUUGAAUCAAUAGAGGUUGUGUUUUCUUGAGGCCAGGCUGCAGACUAGGUAGAGAAGCGGUGCCCUCUAGCUGACAAGGGAC